ACAGACUACUUCAACAGAAGAGGUGUCUAUGUAAUAUUUCUCUUCAGAAGGAACCUUCUUCGAAGAUUGGUUUCCGUGCUUGCUAACGUAUUCGACAAGAACAGUAAACCCUUAAACGGAACACACAAAUCGCACGUGCAUUCUCAACACGAGGCUCAAGUACUAGCAAAAUACAAGCCUACUCUUAAUGCCACAGUACUAGUAUCCCACCUUAGGGCAGCAGAUCAGGCAGUGGCAAAAGCACUGGAAUACUUCAAAAGCACUCGACACAUUGUUAUCUAUUACGAGGAUAUAGUUAGGAACAGCACUAAACUAACAGAAGUUCAAGAAUUUCUGAAGUUGCCUCAAAGAAAUCUUACAAGCCUUCAAGUUCAGAUUCACAGUGGCCCUCUGGCUAAACAAAUCGAGAACUGGGAGGUCGUCCGGAAGACGCUCAAGGGGACGUCCUACGAAAAUUUCCUACAUGCAGACCACAAAUUGUAGUUGGAAUGGAGUUGGCGCAUGUAAAUAUACUGUCUAAUACUUCCUUUAGAAGAGGGUUAUGACAAUUUGAUCAAAGGGAAAGAGACUACAUUCUGCAAUUGUUAUCUUCUUUAUUGGUAGCAUUGUGGUCUUUACAAACUAAAGGAUCGAGAAAUUAAAUUUUCUGUGCUCCUAAUCAAUCUUAAGGGUAAAUUUCAUGUUAAAUCGAGAAUUAACGUUUUUAACC